UCUAUUGACAAUGUCAGUUCAAUUUACAAUGUACUUGGUUUAACAUUAUAGUUUUCUCAGUACAAAAACAAACUCAGACUUUGUCUUCUAUUUGUUUUAGUUAAAUACCACCAAACGUUCGGUUUAGGAACUUGCUAAGUACCUAAUCAAUAAGCAAAUUGGUUAAAAUCAAUAAGCAAAUUGGUUAAAAUGAUUGUGUUAUCGUCUCAAGAACUAUAGUCAUUGGGAAUAAAAGUUUAGUGUGCAGUAAGGUCGAGAAUUAUAUGGCGAUUGCGACAACAAGUGAUUCCAUUCAAAAUGUCUGUGAACUCAACAUUAAAGUUGUACAAACUCUACACGCAUAUGAAGCAUUUCUGUUCCGAAGAUUUAAUCCUGAAUCCCAAAGAACAUCCGAAUGCCAAAUUAGGCGAUGUGGUCGAAAUCUACCAGCAUCCCGAGGAAGAAAAUGGUUGCAGACUGCUCCUGCAAAUAACAUGUUUCAAGGAAGACCUGAAAGGUCGAGACAUUAUAAGUGUCGAAGCAAACGUAGCAGCAUCCUUCAAUCUACGUACUUAUGACACUAUGAUCAUGAACAUCGUUGAUCCAGCAUCGGUAGCAUUAGAUUCGGUUGAAAUAACUUUCAAGGACCAGUACAUGGGGCGAUCGGAAAUGUGGCGAUUAAAGUCGUUUUUAACCAAUACCUGCGUGUACACGAACAAAAAGAUCGAACAUUGUUCCGGAUUGAUUCGAUGCCAAGUGUACGAGAUGUGGGCACAAGGCGAGAGAGUAUCUUGCGGUGUGAUCAAUGAGGACACAAAGGUAGUGUUCCGCAGCAGUACGUCAAUGGUGUAUCUGUUCAUUCAGAUGUCGUCGGAAAUGUGGGACUUUGAUAUUCAUGGCGAUCUGUACUUUGAGAAAGCUGUAAAUGGCUUUCUUACCGACUUGUUCUUGAAAUGGAAGAAAUUGGGAAGCAAUCACGAGGUCACAAUCGUUCUAUUUUCGCGUACAUUUUACGCUGCUAAAAGUCUGGACGAAUUCCCCGCUUAUAUGCGCGAAUGUUUGCAAAUGGACUACAAAGGGCGAUACUAUGAGGACUUUUAUCGGGUUGCAAUUCAAAAUGAGCGGAAUGACGAUUGGAGUUCAAUAUUGGUGCAGUUGCGUCGCCUUUUUACAUCGUACCAGAACACUGUUCUGCGUUAUCAUGAUCGCUCUGGUAGCACCGUUCCAGCAACCAAUUCAACUGCAGCUCAGGGCAACUUCUUAGAAGUUUUGAACAUUUCGUUGAACGUUUUCGAGAAACAUUAUCUAGAUAGAAGUUUCGAUCGAACGGGACAGCUAUCUGUGGUUAUAACGCCUGGCGUUGGUGUUUUCGAAGUAGACAGAGAAUUGACUAAUAUAACUAAGCAACGAAUAAUUGAUAAUGGAGUCGGAAGUGAUUUAGUUUGUGUGGGAGAACAGCCAUUGCAUGCGGUGCCUCUGUUAAAGUUCCACAACAAGGACUCAUUGCUGAACACUGGCGAUGAUUACUCAAUGCCGCAUUGGAUUAAUUUGAGCUUCUACUCAACCAACAAGAAAGUGGCCUAUUCCACAUUUAUUCCCAGGAUCAAAUUGCCGCCAUUGAAUCCGAAUCAAAGCUGUGAUGAAAAUAAGGAAAACAAAAAAUUUAAGCUAAGCGAUGACACGCAACAGCCAGAAUAUAUUCAUAAUUCACUGUUCGAUUAUGACGCAUACGAUGCGCAAAUAUUCACAAUUCCAUCGUCACAUGGGUGUUCACUACAACGCCAGUCCCGCACGAAGAAGACAUCAGUGCCUUGCCUGGAUGGGUACGGGACGUGUACUUCCAGAGAAUGGGAAAAUAUGAUUCGUCCACAGCCGGUUAUGCGACGAAAAAUGUCUGACCCUGAUAUUCAUCACGGGAACUUUCAUGUUCUUUCAAAUUUAUCGCACAAUGGUUCACCAAAUAUAUCGGAAUCAAUGUCCACGUUAGAGAAACAGGGUUUAAAAAACGUCCUGAAUCAAAGUGGCUCGAUUGUUCGGCCCGGUAGAGCCCUAAUUAAUCCAUUUGCACCAUCGCAUGUCACGAUUAAGCUAACGUCUAACCGUCGCCGAUGGACACACAUUUUCCCGAAAGGACCAACAGGUGUGUUAAUUCAACAGCAUCAUUAUCAGGCUGUUCCAACAUCAAAUGGUAUUUCGAAUAAGAAAUUUGCCGACUUGGAUUCGUCGGAUUUUGAUCAUACAUCGACGUGUACUAUCGGUGGAAAUAUUGACGUUGCCAGUAGCGUUUUGACUGAUGCAUCGAUUUUAGGAAGACGUAAGGGUUCUUCACUGCACUCAGCCGCUGGACCUCUUGUAUCAGUUGAACCUUCAAAAAGUUUAACCCUUCUGUGGGGAGCUACCGGAGAGCAGGAAUGGACGCCAGCGUUAACCACUGCUGGAAAGAUUAUCAUAGGUGUUGAUUGGAAAUCGCUUACUAUUCCCGCUUGUCUACCGAUAACAACCGACUAUUUUCCGGAUAAACGAUCUUUGCACAAUGACUACGUCGUUUCCGAUUACACAUUGCUACCGGAAGGAGUAUACGAUGAGUACGCUCAAAACCGAGCUGUUUAUAGAAAGCCAUUAUCAACGGAAGAUGUUUUCAAGGAAUUAAUAUCGCAACGUUUAGCGCAGGGAUUCCAACUGAUUGUCGUUCCUGAUAAGUCUGCAACAAGUCCGCCGCAGGCUUGCCCGGCAUGUUGCGGAGGCUUGCUUCAUAAACAUCAAGCACAUAACACCUUACAAAAAUCGUCUAUUUUGAAUGUACAGUCCACAAAUAAGGGGAUUAAAGAGUACUUACUGUCCAUUGGGCGGAUUUUCCAUAAAAUUACGCUAAAUGAUUCUGAAAUUACGGUCACUCGGUAUCGACCAAGACAUCCUUAUCCACCUAUCAACAUUGAUUACCGAUACCGAUUUCAAGCUCCGCAACACGACACGUACGAGGUGUCAGGUGUUAACUUUACAACAGAAAAAUUAGAAAAUUUUAACUGGAACUACAUGGAUCAAUAUAUUUGCACCAGAGGAGACACAGAUUAUCCAUUGCAAGAGAAUCUAAAGUAUUGGCGCCAUCGUAUGUACUUACUUCCGAAAGAACAUCCAGCAUAUAAGAAAAUAUUGGAGACGGGCUCUUCGUCGACCUAUUGCGAUAUUUUCGUGGAGAAUUCAAUCGAAACACCUAAGCAAAUAAUCGACGAUUUCAAAAAUUUCUUGGAAUCGUAUCUGAAUAAAAUAAAGAAAUUGCACUGCCCUAAAAUGACCAAGGGUAGCCCAACAGCCCAACAACAACAAAGCCAUCUAACUGGACGACGACACUCUACCAGCAUUUUAUCGAGACCACAGGGCUUGUUAAAUUCACCGUUUCGAGAAAGACUUGGCAGCAACAUUCAAUCCGAUAUGAGACCCAGAUCUGGAACGAAAACGAUGGAAAAAGGUCCUGGUCGCGUAUCGCCAGCUGAAGCAGCUGGAUUGUUGGCCAAUGCAGAUAAUCAUGCGAACAACAACCCCUCUACUCUCCCAGCCGCAAGUGAUGAAAAAGAAGAUUCAUUCCUGAACGAACUGAAAAUUAGUCCCACCGCAUCGUUGACCGAAAUUCUUGAUGCAAUGAAAAGUCCCGUUAAUGGUAUCAAUUUCUUAGCCAAGUCACAAAGUCUGCCGUCCUGGACGUUUGUUUUGAUGGAUGCCAUUACAUGGCUACAAAAUCGAAUCGAUGGGAAAGUCAAUCCUCUCGAAAUUUUGGAAUCAAUGAAAAAAGCUGACAUGAUAUGCCAUGCGUCUGGUGAUAAAACAAAAAUUGUGAUACCUGGCUUCUACAUGUACUACAUCGUUAUGCAGGACAAAAAGUCUCCUGAGUAUGUUCCACCCAUUUACGAUACCGAAAGUUUUGAAAACGAAUGGAUGGAAGUAGAAAUUAACAAUCCCGACAAUCCAUACGAUACAACGGUUGACAAUACUGAGUGUGGUGUGCCAAAGUUUCUACGUGAGAAUGUUGAUGUGAAUUUCUUCGAUGGUCCAAUCUACAAGCACGCCCAUCUGGAUAUCGAUGUUACGCAAAAAAGUGAGCGUACUGAGUGGGGUCAUUUAAGGUAUCACACUAAAAUGACUCCAGGCUACGCCUACGAAAUUGUCGCACAAUGGCUCAUUGCCUCUGGGCCCGUUGUGAAUCAUUUGAUAAACACAUGGAAACGGAAAGCAAAUCAAUCCGGAUUCCAGUUGAUUUCGAUACCGGCAGAUCCGCUUGCCGAACCGUUCACUGACAAAUCGGAUCCGUUGAGGGGACCAAUUUUUGUUCCAUUGAACAUACACUGUUUGGAAAAGGAAGGCAACACAUUGUUCAAAGAAUUCAAGAAAGAAACGUGGCCGGAUCGUUUGUUACUGUUACAAGAAGCUAUUGUUGCGCGUUUCGGUUUUAUGCCAUGCUAUGCGGAAACUAAAACUGGCUCGAAUCAGGGAACGUUAGACCGGCAAUAUAUACACUGUUCAGGCAAUAUGUUCAUUUUGGUUGCAUCUCCACAUGAAGGCUUGAAAGUGCGACAACGGCUUGCUUCAGGUAGUCAAAUGAAGCGACCUACAUUCAUCAAAAGAUGUCCUCCAUCGGCCGAUUCACCAUCAACCGGAAUGGAUACGUACGUAACGCGACAUGUCAACGUGAAGAACAAGGAAGAGUUUGACGUUCCACGGAAGAUCGGAUUUCUUUGGUCGUGGAACCAUAUGAUCGCCAACAAACACUGGAAAAUGUUAACAAUGUCGAACACUCCAGACUGUGAGUUGUUUCAACUGCGAAUGUUGCAAGAUUUCAAAGAUUUUUGCUCCAAUCAAAAUGAUCGUCUUGUCAAUUUUUGGGAGGAUUGUUGGAUUCAAAAAGAGAAAACAUUUACCAAAGAUCUAGUCUGUUAAAAGAGAAUCGUUUUUCAAAGGGAAUUAUCCAAUAAAUAUUUUGAGAUGCGUUUCAUGAAUCAGAUACGAUUCAGGAUUUACUGAAUAAAAUGAUAAUUUUG